AUGGAGGAGUUUGGGUUUUGCAGCCAAACUUUCAAGGAGAAUUUGAAGUCUCCAAACGCUGAUAUUGUUGCCCUCACCCAAAUAACCAUAGAGCGCGCCACAGACAAUGCCACCAAGACACACGACUUUAUCAGGCAGAAGGAUUACGACAGUGUGCAGAGGUAUGAGACUGUGACACCGAGGGCUGAGGCCAGCUGCGAAGACUCACUCAGCACACCGCCUAACACUCAGAACCCUCUUACUAAUAGAAAUAGGCAGAUGAGGAUUUUGAUUGCCAUGGCUUUGGUUUCUUUGCAUGACCUAAUGGCUACCCAGCACAACUAG